AUGCAACAGCGUCCAAGUAUCAAGACACUACAACGGCGUCUAAAGGAGGAACAAAUGUGCAGAUCAUAUGCACUCACGGACGACGUAUAUUGUGAUCCACCAGCUUUUCAUGUCGGUGGUCUUGUGACAGCAGUGGGCGUUCUGCAGCUUGUGGUGGCGCUCGUGUUCAGUGGUUUCGUGUUUGGUGGUACUUUAUUCUUUUGUGCCGUGCUACUUGCGACGGUGGGGGUCACGUUACUGCACCAUAAUGAUGGUAAGGCCAGUAAACAAGGACUGGGACUCCAGCAGGUCAUGAACCGAUUGCUCACACUGCAUCGAAGUGCUUUAGACUAUUCACUAACGCUCUCGAUCGCACAGAGUGACGAGUACAAGCAGACGGACAGCAGCAAAGAGCUGCAAAUUGCUGUAGUGCCGUCCAGUUUCGCGCCGCAGAAGGUGGUGGCGACCAUGGCACUGAAAGACGACGAGGCUCUGAGGAUUCAGGAGAACAGGAAGACGAAGCUUUGUACGGAUAUCAGUCCACUGGUGACGCUUAAUCGUGUGCACCUGUUGCCUUUGUCGACGAUCAGCUCGCUCUUAGUAGAGACGACGGAGGCGUUGAUAAUGGAAAAGCCCAGAGCCAAUUCAGAGCCCAAGCAGGUACUGCGGAGUCGACCGCUACUGCCACUGAAGGCAAAGGGGCAGAAUCUAGACCCCGUGCAGGAGAAGACGACGCAAGCGGGACCGACGUCGGCAGUGUUGAGGACGUUGGCAAAGCAGGAAAAGAAGACUACGCUCGUACAGGCUAAAGCUAAUACGACGCGUUCCCAGCAAAAAAAGGCUGCACCCAAGGCACCUACGGUUUCUGCCACGAAACAGAGUCAGCUGCCUGCUGUGCUACCCAAAAUUGAGCCGGGGGUUGCCAUUCCGGCGGUGCUACCCACCGCGAAGACUGUUUCUCCUACGACUACUGCCAAUGUAGAGCAUGUUACAUCUGCUGUGGCGCCACUUCCUGUUUUUCCGAAGCACAAGACUUUGAUAGAAGUUGUAAACGGCGAGGCAGCUAUCGAACGUGACGUGGUUGUCACGCGCAAGGUGUUGCUUUACUUGAACCCGAACGUCGGAACAGUGGUGAACUUGGAUGAGCAAGACCACCUGGAGUAUGAAGCUGAAUGCAAACAGGAUGUAGAGCGAGAACACGAGCCAGAAGACUUUGCUCUUUCACUGGAGGAGUUUCCGCCAUUGUCACCGCCAAUGGUACCACAGGUGUCAAUGUCGCCGCCAAGUGCUCAUGUUGUGGAGCCAAACUUUCUGAUGGAUAUUGAGCUGGAGCCGAUUUCCAAGUCAGAGAAAAAGUUGGUCUCGCAAAGCUCGUUGUAUCUUGAGUCGGUGGGUAACGCCGAUCUGCGUUCGAUGAUGGAUGAGCUGGAUACGAUGCGCUUUGAGCUUGAUGCCGCUCUGGCUUGCUGCACUUCACUACACCAUGAAGUAGAGAAGGUAUCGGCACUCACUUGA